CGCCCCCUCGGCGCCCCGCUCCCGCCCCCGGCUUCGCCUCCCGCUGCCGCCGUUGCUGCCGCCGCAGCUUCCCGCGGCCUGGGCCUCCCGCCGCCAGCAUGCCGCACGCCUUCAAACCCGGGGACUUGGUGUUCGCCAAGAUGAAGGGCUACCCGCACUGGCCGGCCCGGAUCGAUGACAUCGCCGACGGAGCCGUGAAGCCCCCGCCCAACAAGUACCCCAUCUUCUUCUUCGGUACACACGAAACAGCCUUCCUGGGCCCCAAGGACCUGUUUCCCUACGACAAAUGUAAAGACAAAUACGGCAAGCCCAACAAGAGGAAAGGCUUCAAUGAAGGACUGUGGGAGAUCCAGAACAAUCCCCACGCCAGCUACAGCGCUCCUCUGCCGGUGAGUUCCUCCGACAGUGAGGCCCCCGAAGCUGACCCAGCCGGUGGGAGCGAGGACGACGAGGACCGGGGGGUCAUGGCCGUUACAGCCGUGACCGCCACAGCCGCCAGCGACAGGAUGGAGAGCGACUCGGACUCAGACAAGAGCAGUGACAACAGCGGCCUCAAGCGGAAGGCGCCGGCCUUGAAGAUGUCCGUCUCAAAACGAGCUCGAAAGGCCUCCAGCGACCUGGACCAAGGCAGCGUGUCCCCGUCCGACGAGGAGAACUCGGAAAGCUCGUCUGAGUCAGAGAAGACCAGCGACCAGGACUUCACCCCAGAGAAGAAAGCCGUGGUCCGGGCGCCACGGCGGGGCCCCCUCGCAGGACGGAAGAAACAGAAGGCGCCGUCGGCCUCGGACUCGGACUCCAAAGCCGACUCGGACGCGCCGCAGGGGGAGCCGCCGGCCGUGCCCGCGUCUGCGUCGUCCUCCGCGUCGUCCUCCGCCUCCGACUCGGACUCGGACGUGUCGGUGAAGAAGCCGCCGCGGGGCCGUAAGCCAGCCGAGAAGCCGCCCCCGAAGCCGCGCGGGCGCAAGCCGAAGCCGGAGCGGCCGCCGAGCAGCUCGAGCAGCGACAGCGACAGCGACGAGGUGGACCGCAUCAGCGAGUGGAAGCGGCGGGACGAGGCGCGGCGGCGCGAGCUGGAGGCGCGGCGGCGGCGCGCGCAGGAGGAGGAGCUGCGGCGGCUGCGCGAGCAGGAGCAGGAGGAGAAGGCGCGGCGGCGCGCGCGGCCCGAGCGCGAGCGCGGGGAGGCCCCGGCCGCGGGCAGCGGCGGCAGCAGCGGCGACGCGCCCGGCGACGAGGACGAGCCCGUGCGGAAGCGCGGCCGCCAGGGCCGGGGGCCUCAGUCCUCCUCCGACUCGGAGCCCGAGGCCGAGCUGGACAGAGAGGCGAAGAAGUCGGCUAAGAAGUUGCAGAGCACGGAGCCCGUGAGGAGAGCCAGCCAGAAGGAGAAGCGAGGGCGGCCCGACGACAAGCCCCGGGCCAGGCCUGUGAAGGUAGAGCGAACUCGGAAGCGGUCGGAAGGGUUCCCGCCGGACCGGAAGGUCGAGAAGAAGAAAGAACCUUCUGUGGAGGAGAAGCUUCAGAAGCUGCACAGCGAGAUCAAGUUCGCCCUGAAGGUCGACAAUCCGGACGUGAAGAGGUGUCUGAACGCCCUCGCCGAGCUGGGGACCCUGCAGGUGACCUCGCAGAUCCUUCAGAAGAACACAGAUGUGGUGGCCACAUUGAAGAAGAUUCGCCGUUACAAGGCCAACAAGGAGGUGAUGGAGAAGGCCGCGGAGGUCUACACCCGGCUCAAGUCGCGGGUCCUGGGACCAAAAAUCGAGGCCGUCCAGAAGGCGAGCAGACCUGGGACAGAGAAGGAGAGAGCCGAGGCGGAUAAGGCCGAGGAGCCGCUGGCCGGAGAGGAGGCCCCCACGGAGCGAGCGGAGGAUGAGGCGAGCACUGACCUCUCGGCCCCGGUGAACGGUGAGGCCACGUCCCAGAAGGGGGACAGCACCGAGGACAAGGAGCAGGAGGAAGGACAGAACUCAGAGGGGGGGCCGGGGGGCGGCUCCUCUGAAGACCUGCUGCACAACGACAGCACGCGGGAGGGCCCCGGCCUGGCCGCGCCCGGGAAGGAGCGCGAGAGGGCGCGCGCGGACUCCGAGUCCGCGGACGACGAGGACAGCUGAGCCCCGGCGCUGCCUGCCACCCGCCGCCCGCCGCCCAGGGAGCAGAGAACUGUUGGGGAAACGCCGUGCUGUUGUUUGUAUUUGUCCCCCUGGGUUUUUUUCUGCCUAAUUUCUGUGAUUUCUGACCGACAUGAAAUGACUAUAAAGGG